AUGUUCGCUCGCCUCUUCGCUGUGGCCUCCCUCGUCGCCUUCGCUGUUGCUACUGAUGACCCAUGCGAUGCCGGCAGCAGCCUCCAGUGCUGCAAGGGUGUUUCCACCGUCAGCGAGUACAACCCUACUGCCCAGAGUCAAGGUCUCACACCUGUUGUUCCUGACGAUGGUACCCUCGUUGGAACAAACUGCAGCUCCCCAUUUUUCGGCAGCAUCUCUUACUGUCAAGGUGACAAGGAGCCGUUGUGCUGCAAAUAUAACGGUACCACCAGCACUGGUUGCUAUCCUAUCGUCAUCGUUGACCUUUAA